CACAGUCUUUAUAUUUUUUUCUUUAUAGUCGCGAAGAUUUUUCAUCUAUGAAAUUCUAAAUAACAAAAUCUAGAUGACAAUGACUUUGACUGUUUGAUGUCGCUAUAAAUUUAAAAUUCCCCACCCAUGUCAUGUGUCCGAUGUCGGAAAUGGUGUGCCAUCAACCGGUGACCGGUGUUAGUACUUAGUAAUUUAUCUUAAUAAGUAAAAGUUUAUCACGAAAUGUUAUCAGAUAUAUUUGCGCAAUUGUUAAUAUGAUAACCGUUAAUUUUUUACACUUCAUAUAAUCCGCACUGAUUCCGAAGUCCUUUCUGUAAAUAAUUUUAUUGAUUAUUUAAAGAAUACUGAGUAAUUAAAAAAAAUGGCUGUGUCGAUUCAUAACAAUGUGGUCUCAGGUCCUGAGGAAAGACCUAUACCUGCCCAUUUAUCCUAUGGUCAAUUUUUGUUUGAUAAAUUAAAGGCGGGGGGAAAUAAAAUCGCACAAAUAAGUGCGGAGACUGGAGAAUCUGUUACUUAUCGAAAUAUUCUCCAGAAUAGUGUUAAUCUGGCAGUGGCUCUACAGGAGUUGGGCUUACAGAAGGGUGAUGUAGUUUCGCUCAGUUGUGAAAAUCGUUUUGAAUUCACCGUUGCCUCUUUAGCCGUAAUCUUUGCUGGAGGAGUUUUAUCAACUCUAAAUGUUACUUAUUCGCCAGGUGAAAUUUCCCAUGUAUUCCAAAUCACAAAGCCCAAGUUUAUAUUCACGUCGCCGAUCACUGCACAGAACAUGUAUGACUGCAGCAAGGAUCUGACAUUUGUGAAGAAUUUGAUUUUGUUCGGUGAAUAUGACAUUGUACCCGCCAUGUUCUACAAUGAUUUAGUCAAGAAACACUGUGAUAUAGAUGAUUUCGCAUUGGUCGAUGUGAAUGGAGCAGAGGAUACUGUGGCCGUAAUGUGUUCAUCGGGAACGACUGGCUUACCAAAGGGUGUUAUGUUAACCCAUGUAAAUUUCCUCACACUAUCCGCUCAUAUGAAAUAUUAUUUGGAGACGUCUCAGCAGAAAAGGAAACAUAAUGUAAUAACAGCCCUGUCUUUGAUCCCUUGGUUUCAUGCUUAUGGAUUCAUUACAACAUUAGCCGUGAUGUGCCUACACGUGGAGGUUGUGUUUCUUGUUAGAUUCGAAGAGGAACAAUUUCUUGAAACAAUACAAAAGUAUAAGAUAAACAUGACGACAAUAGUGCCACCGCUCGCUGUGUUCCUUGCCAAACAUCCGUUGGUCUCCAAGUAUGACCUGAGCUCAUUGAACGAAAUGUGGUGCGGAGCCGCCCCCCUGUCCAAGGAAAUACAGACGCUUGUCACUAAACGAACUGGUAUUGAUUUCAUCAAGCAAGGUUACGGACUGACAGAAGUCACAAUGGCCUGUUGUGUGGAUUUAGUCGGCAGAAGCAAAGCAGGCUCCUGCGGUACACCUGCGCCUGGCAUGAAGAUCAAGGUGAUAGAUACUGAGAGUGGUAAGAAAUUAGGUCCCAAUGAAGAGGGUGAGCUGUGCAUUAAGUCGCCUCUCCGCAUGAAGGGAUAUUUGGGUGAUAAAGCAUCCGGUGAUGCUAUGAUUGAUGAGGAAGGUUAUGUUAAGACGGGAGAUAUUGGGUACUAUGACAAGGAAGGAUACUUCUACAUUGUUGAUAGACUCAAAGAACUCAUCAAAUAUAAAGGUUUCCAGGUUGCUCCAGCUGAGUUGGAAUCUUUACUGCUGCAGCACAGUGCAGUGGCGGAUUGCGGUGUUGUUGGCAGACCUGAUGAAUUGGCCGGGGAACUACCGGUAGCGUUUGUAGUCAAGCAACCGGAAACCAAUAUACAGGAACAGGAAAUUAUUGACUACGUAGCCAAGAAGGUGUCGCCAGCCAAACGUCUACGAGGUGGCGUUAUAUUUGUUGACGAAAUACCAAAGAAUCAAUCAGGUAAAAUUCUGAGAAGGGAGCUGAGGAAAAUGUUGUCCGCCAACAUUAAAAGCAAGCUAUAAAAAUGAAAAACAUUUACGGAAUCGUUGCUAUAAAUAAUUUAUUUAAAUCUUAUAUCACGAAAAAGUUUCACUUUUACAAUUAAUAUACAGUUAUUUGAAUUAAUCUUCAUCUCAAGUUAAUUACCGGAUAGUUUGUCUUUUAAUUCUUGUGGUAUCCGACUCAAUGCAUAGUUGUGAAGCUCAUCGUUAACCGCAGCCAACACGCCAGUCUUGUUAGGAUGGGUGACCGAUGCUCCAUAUUUGUAGAAAUCCCCCAAAAUAUCUGUCAAUUUCCCGCCAGCAGCACUAAGUACGGCCUCAGGAGCGCAUGUAUCCCACUUUUUGCAUCCGGGACUUGCAAAUACAUAUAUUGAUGCUUUACCCUCUAGUAACUGUAACACCUGUGACAAUAUUUCACUAAUUAGCCCAUAUAUUUAUUUCCUAUACUUAUUUAUUGUAGGCAUUUAUCAUUUUAUUCAACAUAGAAUCUAAUAUGCUUUUGAGUAAAAAAAACCCAAAGAUCCAACAAAUAGGCUCAGUCUUUGUGCAAUUUGGAAACACACAGACAUUCAUAAUGUCCAAUAUGAAACUUACUAUUAUAAAGUUGGCUAAAGCAAUUAAUUUCCAUGCUACCAACAUAACUGUACAUAACAAUAUUUACCUUAUAACCAGCACCGCCGACCCUCAAAACUUGUGCUGCAUUCAUGACUUGCAAAGCUUUCUCUACAACUGGGUUUGAAUGACUUCUUGUUGUCGUGAUGACAAGCGAAUCUGGUGGAGGAGCUGGUAUGUAGCCUCCGACACCAACUCCUUGGAGGCCCCAAAUCGUUCUACCCAUUUGCUUCUCCUCCCCGACCAUAGUUUUGAAAUAUGGCUGGUGUAUAACACCGGCCACUGGCUUCUCAUUGACUGAUAUACCAAUAAGCACAGUAACAUGCUCGAGGAAACCUGCAACAAUGACAUUUGUCAGUUUUGUAUACAAUGUACUGUGCGAGACAUGCACCAAAUACAUAUAUUAAUAGUUAGUAAAAAAUAUCAAAGAAAAUAUCUAUUGUGCCAUACAUCCAGUAAUUCUAACCAUCUACAGAAGGUCCUUGAUUUAAGAGAUAAGAGAUAAUUAAUACAUAGAAGCUGUGAGACAUGCGCCAAGACAUCUUGUGAUAUUCUAGUUACAAAUGUAUGAUUGUUUUUUUUGUGUUCAAUAAAACAUUUUUUUACGUUAA